AUGGCGUCCGACAUGAAGUAUGCUGGGCUUCCAGACCUUGACACUGGACCAGACGUCUACGAAACCCCAGAACUCGUUGACGACCAGUCAACAGUUCCACCCACUACCUUGCGGUCGCCAUCUGACAACGAGUACUAUUCGGAGGAAGAUGAUGACGCUGAAAUCUCGCGAGCGCGCCUCGACAUAAACGGGGCUCGUUCGAUAUUCAGACCAGCAGGCGUCGACGCGACAGGUGCGGAUUUCUCAGACCGCAUCACCCGAAAGCGGAAGUCCUACAGGACAUGGACCCGGCGGCGACGGAUUCUCCCGGACGGGACCGAAGAAAUAGAGGAGAUGAUCGAGGAGGACGAUGAGCUAAACCUGGCGCGGAGGAUCGCUCGGCUGAAGCGAGAAAUUGAGGAGGCCAAGGCGGAGUAUGGAAAACAGAAGGCCACUUUGAGCCAGCCAAAGGACGAGGCAAGCGCGGAAGACGAAUUCGAAUCGCUGAGCAAGGUGUUGGAUGAGAUGUCGGGGCUUGACCUCUCCCUAGCUUCCCGCACCAUUCCCGCUCCCGCACCCACCAACCUCCCGCCCACGAAUCCCGAGGAGAAGGGACCCAAGGAGCACACCGAAGGCGUCAGCUACACGAUCAAUCACGCGGCGAGCUAUGAGCAAACACGGGCUCUCGCAAAAGCGGCCGAUUUCGACAGCCGCCUCCUCAUUCUGGAAAAGGCACUAGGAAUCGGAUCGGUAGCGAUGCCCGAAUUUGAUGCGAACGGCCUGCCACGCGCCAUUGUGCCGCUUGUGGAACACCUUCGCAGACAAAUCUCGACCCUCUCCGAGGCGUCGGUCCCCUCGCUCGAUACCAUCAGCCGGAGGGUGCGGGCUCUAACCCAAGAGGCCGAGAACUUGGAGAAAGCUAGACGGAACGCCAAGACAGCCCAUGACGCCCUUGCUUCGACGGGUGCUGCAACCACAUCCGAGGCUAUCCCCGCUGAGGACUCGGAGCAGACGGCCAAGAUCAAUGCACUCUACGGAACCCUACCAACGAUUGAGAAUCUCAGCCCUCUGCUACCGCCGCUACUCGACCGACUCCGAUCCUUGCGGAUGAUCCACGCAGACGCCGCCGCGGCCUCGGAUACAUUGGACCGCCUGGAGAAAAAGCAGAUGGAGAUGGCCGGAGAGAUCCAACAAUGGCGCGAGGGACUGGAGAAGGUGGAAAACGCAGUCAGGGCAGGCGAUGCACGUGAUUGCGCCCCAGCCAGAAGCUUGCUGAAGCUCAGAAAUCCUCGGAGGGGCAACUUCUUCCCCUCAACGCCGCAACACCCGGUUAUGCACAUAAUCUACCUAGUUACCAUGUCCCCAAAACCGCCCCCGGGCCACUUCAACAUCUUGUACUUUGCCGCCGCCGGCUCGUACACGUCGAAGAAUGUCGAGGCCCUGCCGGCGCCGCUGCCACUGAAGAAGCUCUUUAGCACGCUUGAGGAGCGGUACAAGGGCAUACAAGCCAGCGUGCUAGAUCACAGUCUAAUUACGAUAAACUUGGUGUAUGUCGACGUAGAUUAUGAGGCUUCCGGCAACGCAGAAGAAGUCGUGAUAGUGGAAGGUGACGAGGUUGCGAUUAUCCCCCCUGUUAGCUCGGGGUGA